AUACAAUCGAGUGAAUCGCUUUUUUCAUAGAGAAUUUCGCUAGCUUGUAUGUUUAUUAAUAUUGCCGUGUAAAGUGUGAACCAAUUUGGUUAGAUUGUGAUAAUGUAACUGUGUUAUAAAUUAUAAUAAGAUAAAGAAACUCGAUUGAUAACUUUUUAGUUUUUACUCAAACAUUCCGCAAGUACAAUGAGCGCAACUCCAGUAAAAUUGGGUUCACUAUUAUCAGUUUGUUUUGUGCUAUAUGCAAUUUAUUACAGAAAAAAUGACAUAGAAGAUUUAAGACUAUCUCCCGUAAAGGAGCAUCUUUUGUUUUUAGAACGAGAAAAUGAAGUCGGGACUGGUAUUCGCCAGCCAAAAGUUGCGUUAGGUUAUGGCGCUUGCCACGAUUUAUUUGUAAAUGCAACAUCAUUGUUAAACCACAGAGAGUUGAAAGGUGCUCCAGAACAUUUCAACGACAUCUCAUCAAAACAGGAGCUUCUAAAAACUUUCUCAUAUUUCUUUAAACAUGGAGCUGCUGCUGAAAGAUUUAUGUCAAACAGUGAAUUGUUUGAUAAUAUAGUUGAAGAGGCAUUAAAGUUGCCUGAUACAAGAUGGACUAUUGGUGGCAAUGCUCCAUUGAUGGCUAAAAGAUUCCAUAUUGAAGGCUGGAAAGUAUUAGUAGGUGCAAAAAUGAGCAAAAAUCUCAAGGCAUACAUUCCUGAUGGCAUUGAUAUUGUUGGUGUGGACAAAGAUGAAGAAAUAAAAGAUGAUAUACAUAUGAUCUUAGAAUAUAAGGCUGAUGAAAAGUUCGGUAUAUUUAAAUCACCAAGAGCAAAUAGAUUUAUCAUGCAUAACGAUGAAAAUAACCCAUUGUUAAGUUCACUUGAACGGCUGGGUGAAUUUCUUCCCAAGUUCAAACCCAACUUGUUUGUAAUAAGUGGGUUGCAAAUGAUGGAUAACUUUCCAUUUAAAAAGGGUGGAAAAGAUUUAAGGGCAGAGAGGCUGGAUUUAGUAAGAGAACAAAUACUAACACAACCGUCAAACACCCUUGCACAUUUUGAGAUGGCUAGCUAUGUUGAUCUCGAACUGCUCACACAUUUAACAACAAAAGUCCUGCCAUAUGUGGACUCAGUGGGUAUGAAUGAACAGGAACUCUCAAAUCUGUAUAGUAUUCUAGAAUAUGGUGAGGUCAUAGUUGUUGCAGAUUCAAAUCCAAGAGUUGCGACAGCAUUAGACCAAAUGAGGAAAAUAUUCCUUUUAAUCAGAGAGAAAAAUAAGGAAUUCAAAAGCAGUAGAAAACUUACAAGAAUUCAUGUGCAUACUUUAGCCUAUCAGGCUAUAUUGACUGUCAAAAACUCAGACUGGAAAAGAACACAGGCUGCUGCAGCAAAAGCAGCCUUGACAGCACAUAGAUAUGUUUGUAAUAGUAAAAAUAUAGCUUUAGAUAAAUCCAAACUUCUAUUAGAUGAUAGUUUUUCUACAACAACAGAUAAUGACAAUAACAGCAGAGUAUUUUUUGAGCCCACAAAUCCAGUCCCAUGUUGGGAUGAAAUCUUAGAUGAUGAUAAAGUUGAAAUUUGUGUGGCACCAGUGUUGAUAUGCACAGAGGCCCAGCUAACAGCCGGUGCAGGUGAUAACAUCUCUGCUGCAGGUCUAGUCUUGCAAAUAGAGAAAUGAGUGAUUUACAAAUAUGUAAGAACAAUUUUAGUACCUAGUUGUUAUUUAUUAAUUAUUUUAACGUUCUAACCAUGAAAUUUUUUGUAUUUUAUCUUGUGCCAUUUUUAUUUGUUAUCUUGCCCAUAUUCACAGUGGCACCAAUGCAAUAGAGCAAAAAUAUAAUAUGUGUAUUUAUUUAUAAUAUAAUAACAUACACAGGAAAAUUUACAAUAUGACACUGUAAUUAAUGGAGAAUAUAAUAUUAUGGUAUAUGUACUUAGUACAAAAAAAAUAUAUUAUUGAUAAUUUUUUCUGCUACCAUUAUUAUGAAGUUUCUGCACUGAAUUAAAAAAAAAAUUUUUUGCUCCCACCAAUAUUUACCAAGGCAUUUCCCAAUAUUGUCUUUUCCUGUGUAUUUUUUAAACAAAAAUGAACAAUUUUUUACUUAGUAUAUUUGAUAUGUAACUGUUAUGGUUUUUACUUAUACUUAAACAUUAUGGUUAAUUAUGUAUUUGCUAUUUUUGUUUGAAGUCAUUUGUAGGGGUUCCUAUUAUAAUUGUAUUUUUUAUUUAGUUCAUAGUUUAGAAGACAUUUGAAAUAUUUAUUCGCUUUUUAUAUUAUAUAUUAAGAAAUAAGCUUUGCCAUUAAAUCAAUUGUUUACAAUGACGUCAAUUAAUUUAUAAUGAAAUAUGUAUACAAUCAAAAUCUGUUAUAACGACAUCGAAGGGACUACUCAUAUUGAGUCGUAAAAACCGAUAGUUGUAACAACCGAUGACAGGUAUUGAUAGGAAAGAUAAUAUGUAUAUUCAUGUAGGAAAUUAAACUGCAUUUUGUUUACUUCAAUACAAACAUAUAAUAUAAAAGAACAAUAUCAUUUUUCCAUCAUUUUUGUAUGCAUAAAAUCUAUAAUUUUAGUUUGUUUGAAACACUUCUGUCGUGCAUACACAUUUUGUAAUUCACGUUGGAUUUUAAUCAGCGUAUCGUCACAAUUUCCCUGCAUGUGGAACUCUUCAUUAAAAAGAACAAUCUUUCGUAGUACACUAACAGCAUUGAGACCGUCAAUCAAAGUUGGCACUGUAAAUUGUUCUUCUGAGUCUUCCUGUUCAUUUUUCAUUUUCCUCUUGAACUUCACGUACAAUAUCAUCCUCCGUAGCUGGUGCACAAAUUGCAAUAGACUGAUCUACAUCAAUGAACUCGUCUGUUUCAGUAGUAGAUAAAGCAGGUCGUAAAUUUUGGGCUAAUUGAGCCAAAGAAAUAUUGUCCUCUUCAUCGUCGUCAAUCACAUCAUCUGAGGUUCUUGUUAUAAGACUUGUAAGAUCUUUAAAACCUGCAUGCCCAAAGCAGUUAGCUAUAGUUUUUUGUGAAACUUUUUCCCAAUGCUUCGGAUAUCAUCAAGAUGGCAUCAAGAACCGUAAAGCUGUUCUGAUUAUUACUGUCAAUGCUUUGUAUGAACUUUAACACUUGCAGUCUUCUAUAAUGAGAUUUUAAACAUCUUAUUACACCUUGGUCCAUAGGUUGCAGUACAGAUGUAACAUUUGGUGGUAAGAACACGAGUUUAAUACGCUUCAGAUUAGUAACAGCCGGAUGAGCAGGACAAUUAUCAACUAAAAGAAGAACUUUCUUAUUGUUUGCUUUUAAUUCAGCGUCCCAGUUUCGUAACAUUUUUCAAAAAUUUCCGAUGUCAUCCAUGACUUCACAUUGUUUCUAUACGUUACCGGCAGUGAGCGUAUGUUUUUAAAGCAUCUUGAUUUCUUAGAUUUCCCAAUAACUAAAAGCUUCCUUUUACAGGAUCCUGUCAUAUUUGCUACAACCAUGAUCGUUAGUCUCGUCUUGGACAUUUUUCCUCCCGAACAAUUCUCUCCUUUGAAUUUUAAAGUCCUGUCUGGUGUCAUAAUGUAAAAAAAGUCCGGUUUCGUCUGCGUUAUAAAUGUCUUCUGGACUGUAGCCUUCGCAUAAUGUAGGCCACUUUUGCGUAAUCCAUUCGUCUACAGCAUCUUUAUCCACACUGGCAGCUUCACCACUCAUUUUCCCGCCGACAAUGCCAUGUCGAGCCCGGAAACGUUGAAUCCAACUAGACGAGCAAACAAAAUCUUCACCAAAUUCGUUUGCUUUUUGUUGAAGAAUUGGUCCAUUUAUUGGCACAUUAUUUGUCCUUUGAUAUUUAAACCACUUUAACAAAGCUUCCUCAAUCUUCGUAUGCCGCGUUGUUCUGGCUCGUUUCAUUUUCAAAAAAUUCUUGUAAAGGAUUUGAAUUUUCUCCCUUUCUUUCCAAAUGGUUGAAAUUGUCGAGUGAUACACCAUAUUCUUUUGCCAGGUCUUUGUUUGGAAUUCCUUUCUCUAGCUUUGAAAUAAUAUGCGAUUUUUCUUCGAUACUGAUUUGUUUUCUUUUUUGCGACAUGUUACAAUUUUCACAGUUAACUCAACAAUAAUGUUUUGGUGCGUCUUGUGUAAAGAUAAGUAACAAACUGACUUAAGAGAUAUGACGAAGCGGGCCUUGAGGCUACGGCAUGCAUGUGCUUUGUUUCUAAGAAUUACAAAAGACCCUAAACUUUGUUUACUUUUACGAUAAUAGCCAUUGACUAUUAUACUGUGCCAGAUGUGGAUACAGUUACCUAUUCAAAUUGUUUACAAUACAGCUGAGCCGGUCGUUGUACAGAUAUAAUUCUCCGAAAACAUUAACCAAAUGUGGUCGCUUAAUGCGGUAUGUCGUAAAAACCAAUGUUUUAGAUAAGGCGAUCAUAUAACAUUCAGCCCGGACCUUUGAUUUUGGUAAAUUUAACCGGUAUGUGGUUCUAAACGAUGUCGCCAUAAACGGUUUUGACUGUAUUUCAAAUAAUUAUGAUGUUAAUUUUCUGAUUAUAUUCCAUUUGCACAAAUGAUAGUAGAACAAUAGCACAACCUCUGAGGUGUAAUUUUUGUAAUCCAUGAAAGAUAUAAUUUGGUUAUUAUUUAUUAUAAACAAGUACAAUAAUUGUAACUCCAAAUAUUGUUAUGACAUUUACAUAUUGUUAAAAAUUCCUAGCGACAUUCCUAAUUAAAAGAUGCACUCCA